AUGUCUACAUUGAUGGUUCCCAACCCUGGGCCAAGCGCUAUUGUGCCCCUGGCAAGCAGGCUGCCUAUGACUACCAAUUCACUGGCCUCUGGAAGCCACAGCAAUGACAACCGUCAGCCUCAAAGCACAAGCAACCCGUACGGCAUUUUCCCAUCGUGGGCUAAAAAGCUCCCGGUCCCGGCCGUCGUGCUACCGUCGUCUGCGUCUUCGUCGGAGCAGGAGCACAAAGACGACGGAGGUAACGAAAAAACAGAUGCUGCAGUAGUUGCAGUAGCACCGCAAGACAAAGAGCGCAAACUCCUCAAGACGGCAGACUGCAAGCAGUACCUCGCCUUCGGCUUUCCCUUCGCCAAGAAGUGGCUGAUCCUCUGCAUCCUGUUCCUGUGCCAGGUCUCGAUGAACCUCAACACCACGCUCUACUCCAACGGCAUCGCGGGCAUCACCGAGCACUUCGGCCUGGGCUCGACCGACGCCGCCGUCUGGGGCGCCGCCGCCUUCCUUAUCACCUACGCCUUCGGCUGCGAGCUGUGGGCCCCCUGGUCCGAGGAGUUCGGCCGCAAGUGGGUGCUGCAGCUGUCGCUGCUGCUCGUCAACGCCAUGGCCGUCGGCGUCGCCCUGGCGCCCAGCAUCGGCUCCCUGAUCGCCUUCCGCGCCCUCGGCGGCCUGUUCACCGCCGGCGGCAGCGUCACCCUGGCCGUCAUCACCGACAUGUUCGAGCCCCACGACAGCUGGUAUCAGUACGCCACGCUCUUCAUCGUCUUCUCCUCCGUCGGCGGCAGCAUCAUCGGCCCCAUCGCCGGCGGCUUCCUCGAGGUCUACGCCCCCUGGCAGUGGACCAUCUGGACCCAGCUGCUGGUCGGCGUCGCCGUGCAGCUGCUGCACCUCGUCGUCGUCCCCGAGACCCGCGCCACCGUGCUCACGGACCGGUUGGCCCGCCAGUGGCGCGCCGGCGCCGAUCCGGAGAAGCCCACCGAUGUCUACGGCCCCGGCGAGCUGGCCGAGCGCAGGAUCGACUGGCGCGAGACCCUCGACGUCUGGAAACGCCCUUUCGAGUUCCUAGUCACUGAGCCCAUCGUGCUCUCGCUGGCGCUGCUGUCGGGCUUCAGCGACGCCCUGAUCUUCAUGCAGGUCCAGUCGUUCCAGUUCGUCUAUGCCCGCUGGGGCUUCGGCCCCAUCGAGCUGGGCUACACCUUCAUCCCGCUGUUCAUCGGCUACAUCAUCGCCGCCCUGCUCUACAUUCCGGUGAUCCGACGCGGCAUCGCGCAGCGCGCACUGGACCGCAACGACGAGCACGCGCAGUACGAGGGCCGUCUCAAGGUCUUAUUGUUCCUGGCCCCGCUGCUGCCCGUCGGCCUGCUCCUUUUUGGCCUCACGGCCACACUGCCCACCGCCUCGGUGCACUGGAUCGGCUCCAUGGUGGCCAGCUGCAUCAUCGGCAUCGCCAACUUCGCCAUUUACGAGAGCACCAUUGAAUAUACCUUGAGAAGUUACGGCGCAUACGCAGCGAGCGCGACCGGCGGCAACGGAUGGGCGCGCGACUUCUUGGCCGGCGUGCUGACGCCCGCGGCUGUCCCCAUGUACACGAACUUUGGCACCAAGGAAUCGUCGCCCUUCCACGCCACCAUGACCCUAUUCGCCAUCUCGGUGCUUCUGACGGGCUCCGUCUACUGGGUCUACUUCCGGGGUGCCGACCUGCGCCGCCGCUCGCGCUACGCCCAGCACCUGGCCGUGCUCGAGAGCGAGGAGGGCGGCGAGGUCCCGGCCUUUGCCGGCCCCGACGUCCUGCCCGGCUCCCGCGCCGCCAGCCGCGACGUCACCCCCGCCCAGACUCCGCGUACGACGCCUCGGCAGAGCCGAGACUUCGGUGCUCUGAGGACCGUGCCUGGGAUGCCGAGGGCUCGAGGGUCCUCGAUCGAGAUGACGGAUCUUGUUGAGGCGGAGGAGGAGGCAUGA